GACACACUCCCAGCCUUCCAGUAGGCGGCAGUCUGGACAUUGAACGUUAGCCAAUACACACGAAGAAGAAGAGGCGGGAAGCGAAGAAGAUCACACAGGACACCGGAGAGCUUUACAGAAACGUAAACAGCCUACUAGUAGACCAUGCUUGUUUUCACUAAAACGCCUUUCAUUUAUUCGCAAACAUGUCACCUUGCGAACACACAGCUCAACAUGGUGACAGCGCAGAGAGUCAGGAACCUCUCUAACCAGCUCAGGAGCUUGCCUCACCUUACCGGGGUUCCUCCGCUUACCAGACACACGCUGCGCCCCAUCUGUCAACCUCCAAACCAAUGGUUUGAGAGCAGAGUUGAUGGAGACAGGUGGAGGAAAAACAUCCAUCUGACAUCACCAAGGCUGAAGAAACCCAUCCCUGUGCAGAUAAGAGAGCUGUCAGAAGCAGCGUAUGAGAAGCUGGCAGAUGAGACAUUGGAUGCCCUGGCGGAUUAUUUUGAAGACCUGACAGAUGAAGCUUUCACUGGAGCUGACUAUGAUGUUGUCUUCUCUAGUGGUGUGUUGACAGUGAAGGUGGGCGGGGACCACGGCACCUACGUCAUCAACAAACAGACUCCAAACAAACAGAUCUGGCUUUCUUCACCCACCAGUGGACCGAAGCGCUAUGACUGGACAGGUGAACACUGGGUGUACACUCAUGAUGGUAUGAACCUCCACCAGCUGCUUUCUAAAGAGCUUUCCAUCAUCUUCAAUAAAAACAUGGACCUCUCUGACCUGCCCUAUUCCUGAGACCCCACACCUGCUAAUGACCUGCCUACAGUAUAACUGAGUGACCCAUGAAACAACUGUUAGAUCAUAUGGGAGCCAAAGACACAAUUCCACAAUAACUUAUCAACAUUAGCCCUUAGGAGAGCAGUUGUAUAUAAUGACAAUAAUCUAUAUGUGUGAGCUCUCUGUUGUAAUCUAUAUGUUCUCUAUUAAUAUAUUGUACAUUUGUAUUUGGUGAAAACGACACAUACUCAUUAAAUAUUUGAAAAAACCUACAGAUGUCGAUGUGGAAUUCAGCCAUAUUCAGUCUCCUUAUAAACUCCAUGUCCUCAGUGUCUCACACUGUCCAGUCAAUGAACCCGGGAGCUUGUUUCCAUUGCUGUCAGCAUUUUCACACGCUAGUGACGUUUUUGCCAACAUCUAACUUCAUCUGAAUAACACCUUAUUCCCAAAGUUUCUGACAACAAGGAAUAUUCUAAUGUUUUACAGUGCUGGCAUCCUUUAAGACGUUAGCUAGCAGACAAUAUUUCCUCAUUUUGUUUUGAUUUUACUUUAUUUUGUAUGUACAAUAUUAAACUCAAACGUUACUAUUUGA